AUGUCGAGGAAACAACGAAAAGCGAAUAUUUUCUUCUAUGCUGCCUUUAAUCUGGCUGAGCUUAUUGAGCUGGCUCAACGACUGCGCAAUGUGACAUGCUCGUGUGAUUCCACGCAAAAACCAUUCAGUGGAAGUUUUAACUGGGCUGUCGUCCUCACUUUUGUGGACGGAGUUGAGUGGCUGUUUCGAGCGCCUCGGACAAGUUACGGCCUUGAGUAUGCUGUUACUCAAGCUACUUAA